AUGUCGACCUUCAGACCGCUUCUCCAACGAUACGCGGAGCUCUUUGUCCUCCAGGGCAAGGGAUCCUCUUCUUCUUCCCUUCUCUCCAGAAGAGCUGUGUCCAAUUCCUCCAGUCAGCUCGCCCGACGCGCUGCCAGCACCAUUACUCCUACGACACAAGCAUCCUCUCUCUCAACCUGUGCUUGCUCAUUCACCAAACGGUCUCCCCAAAUAGCCUAUCGAGCCAGCAGGAGACAAUCACCCUUCUCUCGACCUUCUUCUUCCUUCUCCUUCCGCAGCCGCCGGACACCCCGACGCGGAUACUCUACGAAUACAACAAAACCCCCCGAGGAGGAGCCUCAUUCGCUAUCUCAGCGAUUGAAGAAGCUAACUCGUGAAUAUGGCUGGUCGGCACUAGGUGUAUACUUGCUGCUAUCAGCGUUGGAUUUCCCGUUCUGUUUCGCCGCGGUAAGGCUUCUGGGUGUCGAUCGGAUAGGGCAUUGGGAGCAUGUUAUUCUGGAAACGGUGAAGUCGACGGUUAAGAGCGUUUCGCCCUUUGCUGCGGGAGAGGAGAAGAAGCAGGGUGAGGCUCCUAUUGAUCAUGGAGUGGCGGAGGCGGAGAAGAGGAACGCUGGAGAGGGUGCUAGUAUCUGGACACAACUUGCCCUCGCAUAUGCCAUUCACAAGAGCUUUAUCUUCCUGCGCGUGCCGCUGACAGCGGCCGUUACCCCGAAGGUCGUCAAGACCUUGAGAAGCUGGGGCUGGAACAUCGGCAAGCGCAAGCCCAAGAACGUGUAA